UGCAGGAUGUCGCACCAUCAAACAGUGUUGUAACGCAUUUUGAACCCCAAGUGGCACUUCUCUGCGACACUGGCAUUCACGGACAAGAACCAUAUCAUCCACAAUUCAUGACGGAGCAAGGCAGGUGGCAAACCGACCUUGCAUCAAAAGCAUCAUGUAUAAAAGAUAAAAUGGAUAUUCUUCAGUAUUGCAAAAAGGCUUAUCCGAAACGAGAUAUUACAAACAUAGUGGAGAGUAGUCAUUACUUGAGAAUUACCGGAUGGUGCAGGUCGGGAUCUUCGACAGGGGCGCAAGGAAGAGGAAAAUGUAAAACCGCUCGAUGGGUCAAACCUUUUAGAUGUCUGGAAGGUCCUUUCCAGUCGGACGCGUUGCUGGUUCCUGAAAACUGUCUUUUCGACCACAUUCACAACCAGAGUAAUUGUUGGACUUUCAGCCGUUGGAAUACAACAGCUGCGAAUGCCUGUCAAGAGCGUGGUUUUCAGCUGAGAUCGUUUGCUAUGUUACUUCCUUGUGGCAUCUCCCUCUUCAGUGGCGUUGAAUUUGUUUGCUGUCCAAAACAUUUGAAAGAGAACCUCAAACCCAAGAAGCCAAUCGAUUUGACAGCAUUGAAAAGUGACCAACAAGAUAUUUUGGAUUCUGAUGAAGACUCGUAUGAAGAUGAAGAUGAAGAUGAAGACAAAGAUGAUUUAGACGAUUUAGGUGAUGAUACCGAGCUUUCUGAAGAUCCCAAUUUGGAGGAAGAUGAUGAUGAUGAUUACGAUGAUUCAGAUUCUGAUUGGGAUACUACUCCGUCCAGUACUACUUAUAUUCCCAAGUCCACUGAAGCAUCAAGUACAAUUUCAACUCCAACUAAAAAUACGCCAUUACCUACGCCUGAUCCUUACUUUACCCACUUUGAUCCCAGGAAUGAACAUCAAAGCUACAAAGAAGCACAAGAACGCUUAGAAGAAGCCCAUCGUGAAAAAGUAACUAAAGUAAUGAAGGAUUGGUCUGAUUUGGAAGAAAAAUAUCAGGAAAUGAAAAAUAACGACCCCAGAGGCGCUGAAGCUUUCAAGUUAAGAAUGACCAAGAGAUUCCAGCAAACGGUGCAAGCUCUUGAAGAAGAGGAAGACGCCGAAAAACAUCAAUUAGCUGCAAUGCAUCAGCAAAGAGUACUUGCACAUAUCAAUCAAAGGAAAAAAGAAGCAAUGACAUGUUACACCCAAGCGUUAAACGAUCAACCACCAAAUACGCACAGGGUGCAGAAGUGUUUACAAAAACUCCUUAGAGCUCUUCAUAAAGACAGAGCUCACGCCAUUACCCAUUAUCGCCAUCUCCUCCAAAGUAGUUUAGAUGCUGCGGCCCGAGAACAGCCUCGAACACUCGAACGUUUAACUGAUAUCGAUAGGACCGUUAAUCAAAGUAUGCAAAUGUUGAAAAGAUUCCCCGAUCUCUCUACAAAAAUUGGUCAAUUGAUGGAUGAUUAUCUGCAAGCUCUUAGAUCCAAAGACGAGACUCCUGGAUCUCUUCUUGCCAUGACUACGGACGCUGAAGCUGCUAUUUUGGAUAAAUAUAAAUCCGAAGUUGUUAACAAACAAGCCGAAAGAGAGCGGCAAAGGAUACAAGAAAAGGCUAGGAAAGAGCAAAGGAAAAAGGAAAGGAUGGAACUUCGCGAGGAGAAGAAACGGGUGGAGGCAGCUUUGGGCAAAAAAAUUACCAAUUUUGACGCAGAAAAUAUGGAAGAUGAAUCUAUUUCCGAUGACAAGACAACCUUUAUGCCAACAUCAAGCAGCAGCGCAACAUCUGAAAUGGUCAGUAACUCCAUUACUACAAUAGACCACCGCAAAGAGGUCGACGAUGCCGCCGUUCAACAAGCUGUAGAAGAAGUGGCAGCUGUGGCACACCAACAAGACGUGAUUAGAGUUGCACAUGCAAUGUCUCAUGAUCUAAGUCAUGGAGAAGCAAGUUAUUCAAUGCAUCGGGAAGUUUAUAAUCAAAAGGAUGGCAAAGGGGUUUACUUCACCCUUGCAUUUGCUGGAAUGGCAUUGAUGGCAGCUAUAGUGGUGGGAGUUGCGGUUGCAAGACGUCGAUCUGCACGUUCUCCUCAAGGGCAAGGAUUUAUAGAAGUCGAUCAAGCUGCAACGCCCGAAGAAAGACAUGUAGCCAAUAUGCAGAUAAACGGUUACGAAAACCCUACUUACAAAUAUUUCGAAGUUAAAGAAUAAUUUACACAAACAUCACCUUAUAAAUUGAAAAAAAAAAAACUAACCUUAUUGAUAUCUAUAAAAUGCUUGGCAGCGUUUAUUUAUCCAAAUCGGCUUGGUUUUUAAAUACAGUCCGUUACGGUAAUUAGUUGUCAUUUUCUCGAAUUGUGUUCUAGACGUAUUUACAUCGUGUAUGUAUGUAGUUAAAAAAGAAAUGCUACCUUUCGUUGAGAGCUUUAGUUAUAUGUUGAUGAUUUUGUGUUAUAACGUUACGUUAUUGUUUUCUAUUUGUAAGAAAUUGUAAAUCAUUCCAAUAACUGCAGGUAUUUAAUAAUUUAUUUUUUGUACUUAAAGGCUAUAUAAGUCUCGAUAAUAAACUGUAGCGUAAUUUGUGAUGCAGGUGCAGCUUAAUUUUUAAAGAUUUAAUUUUUUAAAUAUACAAUAAAAGAAGCUACUGAAACAAGAGUCCAUAUUGUGUAAAUGUAACCGUACCGUACCACUGAUGUAACGGAUAUUGUAAUGAUAAUCGAAUUAAUGUAGCUAUUCGCUGUUAAAAAGAGUUAAUAAACUUAACUACCUAACUAUCAAUCACCAUUAUAAGUAAAUAAUAUACUUAUUGACAUUACCAUUGCAAUAUCUUCUGUAGCUAGGUGUACGAUAUAAUAAUUAGGUCCUCUAGAUUUAAUAUGCAUGUUGUGAAAUUUAAACAGAGCUUUUUGUACAAAGACAUUACAUACGUUUCUAUUUCGCUUAAGUCCACAGCCUUAAAUAGAUUCAGUUGUACACAUACAUAAGUGGGUGUGAUUUGCACAAAGUUUUUCCAUAAUUUCGAACGGAUUUUCGAAAAACCGAUUAUCAAUUUUUAUUACUUCAACAUUUCAAACACUAUAAAUCAGUCAUGGAAUUAAACACACGAUAUUAGCUUAUUCAUUCUCUUUUAUUUUCUCUUUUUUUUUUAGAUUUAGCAAUAAGACCUAUUCGAAAAGCUGAAUUGUUACCUUUGUUACAAUUUAAAUUUAAAAUCACAGAUUGCAAAGCAUAAAGAACGCUGCUAUUUUGACCUUACUAAAAGGGACAUUUAUUUUGAUUGUAAGAGGUAAUAGCCCCAAUGAAAUGUUGAUGAACGACAAGCGCGAUUAGAAGUUAAGUAAUUACAGAUCAAUCACAAUCAGAUUAAUUAAGCGAAACGGGAUCCAGGUCUAAAAUUUAAAGAAAGACUCCUCCAAGGAUAUUAUUAUUUUAAGAUAACUUAAAAAAAGUAUUAUAUUAAAUAAGUUGUCAGUUUAGUGUUUAAUUUUUAAUAUUAAUUUAAUUAGUGAUACCGUUUUUAAUUUUCAGUAUUAUUUCAAUCUUUCUAAAUUAAAUAAAAAUUAGGCCACUUAAUCUAUCAAGCCCGGAGCUGUGACUCUUCUAUGCGCUCACCCACUAAGAGCUGGUUUAGGAUGCGCACCUUAAUUUAUAGUAAAACAUAAAAAUUUCGUAUUUUAAAUUUUUGCAACAGUAAUUUCGCAAAUGAUUUGUAUAAGUACCCUUAUUUGUAUAAAAUCUUAAAUAUGUUUAAGUAUAAGCACUUAUAUACAUAAAAACUAAAACAGAAAAAUUCUUAACAUAUUUGUAUUAAUUUAAAACAAUAACAGGCUAUUACCUCCGCAUUGCUACAGAAAAUAAGUAUGUACAUCACCUUUGAUUCUGUGGGUUAAUAUUAGCAAUAAAAUUAAAAUACUAAAUUU